CAAUGGUUCAUCGCAUCAGAAUAUAUGGAAGCAACCCGUCCUCGUCAUCUGGAUCUUAUAAGCUUCAUACCUAGAGGUAGUUAAACGUUUCGCGCAAGCCAGCUUCACGUCUUAUUGACAUCGACCCACCCGAAACGGACGGAUCCUCUGCUCCACCUGCGCGGGAGAAACCCAUCAUUCCACUUGGCGGACCGCCACCCCACAAACAACAACCACCACCUUGAUGGCAUAGACUCAUCAUAAAACACAACACAACAUACCGACGACCAAACAUCACUUUUAUACACACAUCGGGAAGAAAGUUUACGCCAGCAGACGCAAUGAACCAACAGAUACCUCUCAACUACGAGGCCUCGGCCGGCAACACCCACAUGCGCAUCACCAGCGAGCUCCCGCCCGAAGUCGUCCAAUGUCUCGAGAACGCGCGCUUCCUCCACCUAGCCACUUGCGUCGACAACAUGCCUCACGUCUCGCUCAUGAACUACACCUACCUCCCCUCUUCGCCCUAUUCCGACUCCCCCAUCAUUGUCAUGACCACCAACCCCGCCAGCAAGAAAAUGAACAACCUGGUCGCGAACCCGAACGUUUCCUUGCUAGUUCACGACUGGGUCUCCCACCGCCCCUCCACCUCCCACCAGCGUCGUCCCUCCAGCGGUUCUCCCGGUCCCUCGGAACACCGCUCCUCUUCUCUCGCGGCCCUUCUCUUCAACCUCAACACCAGCGCCGUCUCCUCCAUCAGCGCGACCAUCAACGGAUCCGCCCGGCUCGUCGACCGCGGCUCCGAGGAGGAGCGCUUCUAUCGGGAGAAGCAUCUGGAGAACAACACGUUUGACAGCGACCCGCAGCCGUCGUCGAUUUUGAGCAGCAUUCGAAGGGGCAGCACCGCGGGCCAGCCGACAUCGAUGUCGCAAGGUGGGCAAGGUGCGGGGGAAGAGGGAGAUUAUGGUAGGGAGAGAUACGUGGCAGAUGAGGAAGUGAGAGUGGUGGUGGUGGGGAUCCGGGAUGUCCGGAUUGCGGAUUGGAAGGGGACGGUGCAGGAUUGGGUUAUUGCGCCGCCGGAGGGAAGGAGUGAGGGGACGAAUGAGACUUUGGUGAAUGGUAUCCGGUAGAUUGAAGUGGUUUGAUAUGGGGACGGACCGGAAGGAACAGGGAUCAUUUAGUCUUGAAGUUAGGAAAGUAUUGUGGUAUGGUGCAACACUUGGACCUUUUAACCCAUUGCUUCGAAAACUCUAUUUCGAGACUCAAAUAUUAGAACGUAUGGCUGAGAAUAUACAUCUAGCCAGGACUUUUAGACACUGAAACAAUGAAAAGCUCUCAUUCUCAGG